UACAUUAUUGACAGCCGGCUCUUGUGUGAUAAACCGUGUGAUUCGUCGGUUAGAAUCAUCAGUUUCGGUUUUGUACUGGUUGUUGAAGGGUCGGCCGCCUGCGUCAAAUAUUAAAAAUGUUACGACAAAUUAGCAAAGUUGUUCAGCAAAAUGCAAGAUUUGCGACCGCUGCUGCGGCCCCACAAACCAACCCGGAAAUUUUAUACACCGGGCUCUUCAUCAACAAUGAGUGGGUGAAGUCAUCAGAUGGCAAGACAUUUAAGACUGAGAACCCGGCCAAUGGACAAGUCAUUGCUGAGGUCCAGGAGGCAGGCAAAGCUGAUGUUGAUAAGGCUGUUAAGGCUGCCAAGGAUGCUUUUAAGCUUGGUUCUCCAUGGAGGAAAAUGGAUGCCUCCGAGCGUGGGUACUUGCUAAACAGGCUGGCUGAUCUUGUUGAGAGGGACAGGACAUACUUAGCUAGCUUGGAAACCCUUGACAACGGCAAGCCUUACUCAGCCUCGUACGCGGGCGACGUUGUGGCGGUCAUCAAGAACCUCCGCUACUACGCCGGCUGGGCCGACAAGAGCCACGGGCUUGUGCUGCCCUCUGACGGGAAAUACUUCGCUUACACCCGCCAUGAGCCCGUUGGUGUUUGCGGUCAGAUAAUCCCGUGGAACUUCCCGCUGCUGAUGGCGGCGUGGAAGCUGGGCCCCGCGCUGGCCACGGGCUGCACGGUGGUCAUGAAGCCCGCCGAGCAGACGCCGCUCACCGCGCUCUACCUCGCGCAACUCGUCAAGGAAGCUGGCUUCCCGGCGGGAGUGGUCAACAUGUUGCCGGGCUACGGCGAGGCUGGCGCCGCGCUCGUCGACCAUCCUGAUGUCAACAAGAUCGCCUUCACUGGAUCGACGGAGGUAGGCAAGUUGAUCCAGCGCAACUCGGCGGGCUCAGUGAAGCGCAUCACUCUGGAACUCGGCGGCAAGUCACCCAACAUUAUCUUCGCCGACACCGAUCUGGAGAAGGCAGUGGAAGCCGCUCACUUCGCGCUCUUCUAUAACAUGGGACAGUGCUGCUGUGCUGGUUCGAGAACAUUCGUUGAGGACAAAAUCUACGACAAGUUCGUUGAGCUGGCGGCAGAGCGCGCCAAGAGGCGUGUGGUCGGAGACCCCUUCAAACCCGAAACUGAACAGGGACCUCAGAUCGACGCCGAACAGUACAACCGUAUCCUAGGCCUUAUUGAGAGCGGCAAGCGUCAGGGCGCCAAGCUGGUGACCGGCGGCAGCAAGGCCGGCGAUGUCGGGUACUACGUGCAGCCCACCGUCUUCAGCGAUGUCAAGGAUGAUAUGGACAUCGCUACCACCGAGAUCUUCGGUCCAGUGCAGCAGAUCAUGAAGUUCUCUCAGAUCGACGAGGUGAUCGAGCGCGCCAACACCUCGGAGUACGGCCUCGCCGCCGCCGUCUUCACUAAGGACCUCGACAGGACCAACUAUAUUGUGCAGAGGCUCCGAGCAGGCACAGUUUGGGUGAACGACUACAACGUAUUCAACCCUCAGAUCCCCUUCGGCGGGUACAAGCAGUCCGGUAUCGGCCGCGAGAACGGACCCUACGGUAUCAACAACUACACGGAAGUUAAAGCGGUCGUCACCAAGCUUACUGACAAAACCUCGUAAAUUAUUACAAGCUAUCGAUGAAUAAUUUGAACAAUAACUGUAAGAAAUAAUAUGCGUAUUUUACCUAUCAGGUAGUUGCACCACGCGGUGCUAUUCAAGGAUAAAAAGUAGGUAGUAUGUAAGUUCAAAUUUCAAUUAAUAUCAUCAAAAAUGAUACAGUCGUUUAAGAGUGAAAGAGUAAUUAACAUACACUCAGACUUACGUUUUGUGACAGGCGUUUUCCUUGCUUAUUCCAAACAGCUCGAAAAAACUUUGUUCACGUUACUUGCUACUAACUGAUUUGUUGCCUAAAAUUCAUUAUUUAGUUUUAAGGAUAAAGACGUACUUUUAAAUUCCUCAUGGUCCAAUCCAUUGCAAUGUAUGAACCUUUUGUUUGGUUUAAAAAUGUAUUUGAUGAGUGUUUUCGUGUAAUGAAAAAUCAAGUUAGCUGUUAUCCGUUAUGAUUAUGUUGAAUCAGUAUCUUAAGUGCAAUUUGUAAAUUUUCUUAAUUUUCAGCAAUUAUUCUUUGUUUAAAGAUAAGUUUUUACAAAAAAUUAAUACUACGACUAGCAAUGCAUUACAUUAAAAUUAACUAUCGAAACAUUAAUGUAUGCUUUUUUGUGCUUGUAUAUGCUAAAUCAGAAAAUUCUAAUAUAAUGUCUUCCAAUAUACGCACAUAAAAUGUCUUUUGUACUUCCAUGGUCAUGUACAGUGCCAUACUUCGUUACUAUAUUUUUAUAAUAAAAAUACUGCUUUUAA